UGUGCUUUGAAAAUGUCUGAAAAUUCCAGUGACAGUGAUUCAUCUUGUGGCUGGACCGUCAUCAAUCACGAGGGUUCUGACAUAGAGACAGUGACCUCAGAAAAUGGAAGCACAAAUGAUAACCAUGAGUUUGUUUCAGAAGAAUAUGUUUCUUUACAAGAAGAGGAGCAGGCAAUUGAUUUGCAAGCUCAGUGCAACAAUGAUGAAGACAUCCCAGCAGUAGAUAAUACUCUGCCUGGUUUUGAGGAAACCCAGCCAGUUCCAGAGGAAAAUAAAGAAAAAGUUCCUGAUGAUGGGUCCUGCAUUGGAACUAUUAGUGAUGAUUCUGACAUUGUUACACUUGAAGCUCCAAAACCAGAAGAAACUCAGAGUCAGGAAGAAGCUCCAGCUGAUGGUGAAGAAGCUCAGAGUUCAGAGGAUUUUAACAUGGGUUCCUCCUCUAGCAGUCAAUAUGCAUUUUCCCAUGUAGAAACUGCGUUCUCCUCGCAGGCCAGUUCCGCCGAGUCCAGCAGUGACGAGGGCAGCGGCCGCUGCGGCCCCGCCCCCCCCCCCCCCCCCCCCCCCCCCCCCCCCCCCCCCCCCCCCCCCCCCCCCCCCCCCCCCCCCCCCCCGGAGCCCCAGGAGCAGCCCCAGCCCCAGCCCCAGCGGCAGCUGAGCAGCGGCCUCAACAGGUGCAUCAUCCUGGCGCUGGUGAUCGCCAUCAGCAUGGGCUUCGGGCACUUCUACGGUACAGUGCAGAUCCAGAAAAGGCAGCAGCUGGUGACAAAGACACGUGAAUUAAAAGAUAUGAAAGAUGACCUUUACCAGUGCCAACAAGAGCAAGGAGAUCAAGUGCACCACAAAGUGGGGUCACCCAAGGGAGAUCUUGCCACAUGUUUGACCUUUACUGAGGAGAAGAAAUCCUUUGAUUCUCAAAAAAAAAGUCUUGCUGCAGAAAAUCAGCACUUAAGAGAAUCUCUAGAGAAGGAAGAAAAAGCUUUGGCCUCACUUCAGGAAGAAUUAAGGAAGCUAAGACAACAAAUUAGAAACUUAGAAGAUAAAGGUAGUAGCACUGAAUCUAUUGUAAUAGAAAAUCAGAAACUAAGGGAGCAUUUGGAAGAGGAAAAGCAAAGGAACAGCAAUUUUCUCAGGCAAAAGGAAACACUCUUUGCAGAGGCACAGAUGUUAAGGCGAGAACUGGACAAAGAACGUCACGUUACAGAAGCUCUGAAAAAAGAGCUAGAACACUUAAGUUCUCGUCAAACACCUGACAGUGCUAAUGAUGAUGAUGAUGAGACAUUAAGAGAAAAUCAAGAAAUAGAAACUCUGCGAGGAAGACUGGCAGAACUAGAAAAAAAGCUAAACUUUGAGCAACAACGCUCUGACUUAUGGGAGAAGCUGUAUGUUGAAGCAAAAGACCAGUCUGAAAAACAAGAAAUUUAUGAAAAUGGACAGAAGAAAGGUGCUAAAGGGCAAAGUAAGAGUAGAAAGAAAUCAAAGGAGACAUUUUUUGGUUCAGUUAAAGAAACUUUCGAUGCUAUGAAAAAUUCCACAAAAGAGUUUGUAAGGCACCAUAAAGAAAAGAUUAAGCAGGCUAAAGAAGCAGUGAAAGAAAACUUGAAAAAAUUCUCUGAUUCCGUAAAGUCUACAUUCAGACACUUCAAAGAUACCACAAAAAACAUUUUUGAUGAAAGAGAGAAAUCAUCAAGCGAUAAAAGAUACGAGGCAAACAAGAAAGCUCGAACUUUUUACCGAGACCAUAACUCCUACGAGAAUCUGAAGCACAUGCAUUACAGGGGACCUCACAUGCCAAAAGAGUCCAGAAAUGGAAGAAAACAUCAUUUUACAACAUUUGGAAAAGAUUCAGAUUCCCAGAAAUGUCUCAAUGAUCAUUUGUGUAAUAAAAAACAUCAGUUUGCCCUAAAGGGCUGCUCUGGCAUUUUUGAAUGUGCUCAUGAAGAAUUCAUCAGUCUCUUUAACAGAGUUUCAGAUCCCAUCAGGGUGGAUGAAUUUAAUCGGCUAAUGAGAAAGUAUUUGCAACAAGUUGUACAUAACUUUCAUCACUGGAGAGAACUAGAAAAUUUCAUCAAUAAGUUUUUUCAUAAUGGAUUGUUUAUACACGACCAGAUGCUGUUCACUGAUUUUGUUAAUGAUGUCAAGGAUUACCUGGAAGAUAUGAAGGAAUACCAGAGUAAUAAUGAAAAGGUUUUUGAGGAUUUGGACAAAUAUGUCUACAGAUACUACUUCCAUUAUGAUAAUUCACCCCAGUAUGGACCCAGUCGACCUAAAAGACCUUUUACACAAACUGAAAAUUCCAGACAUGAAAAACAAGCUCAGAAGUACCAACACCGUAAUAAAAGAGAAGGUAAAUGGCAUAAACAUGGUCGCACUAAUGGAAGACACAUGGCAAAUCUUGAAAUAGAAUUGGGGCAACUACCCUUUGAUCCAAAAUAUUGAGUAAUUUAUUGUAAAAAUUAAGAUUAAAAUUCACAUGCUCUAUGGAAACUAAUUGUUUUUCAACAAAGCAGCAAGAUGCAAGUUUUUUUCCUGAAUAAUUUGAUUUUUACACAUUUUUGUUAACAGGCAGAAGUCAGGCUUUCUAAUUUGCAUAUUCUGUACCGUUGCUUUUACUGUUCUUUGGAAGUGAAGAUAGUUUGGGUGCCAGCAGUAUUGUUGCAGAAACUAGGCAUGCCAUGAACUGUGUAUGAAAAAAUGCUUAAUUGCAUUCCAUUAGUGUAGUUAAAGCUUGAGCCAUGCAUAAUGUACCAACUACUAACGCCAAUGUUUGAUAUACUAACUUCAUCUCAUCCUUCAAAAAAUAGGUCAACAUUGUGGUAAUGUAUUUGUUAGUGUUUUGUAACCUUAAAUUUGCUUCCUGUCUUGGGGGGGUUCAAGAGCCUGUUGAAUUGUGAAGAAUUUGCUGUGCUGCAUUCUAAUCAGCGUGCUGAUUUAAACACUUGAAAUGUCUUGCAUAUCUGCAUAUUGUAGAAGAAAAAUAAAAGACACAUUGUGGGUAAAAGUCUUUAUUUAUAAAAGAAACUUAGCAUAGGUGUACAGUUGUAUAAAAAUGGUCCAGUCUUGUCUGCAUUUUAUUGUUUAAGUAUUCAUAUGGUAACUUUGGUCUUCCCAAUGUUUUCUAGUGUUGUAAGGUAGGUCAGCAACCCCACCCUGCCCUACUGAAACUGAAGCUGCCUUCAGGAGAAGGUUUAUGUGUUUGCAGGCAGCCACUGGCUGCCUCAUGGGACUUACCAUUUGACUUGCCCAGUUUCAGACUCACUGCUCUCUCCUUUCUGCAGUAGGAGGUCUAAGCAUAGCUACUGCUAUGCCAAACUGAUCUCAUUAGGUCCUAGGUGUAGA